ACGCCUCCUUAUCAUUACCAACAUUGACACGACUGGAAACGUGGGCAGCCCGCCACUGUCAGAGUAGGUCUUUAUGUGAAGCCACGAAUGGAAACGGGUGACGGCAGUUUGACCAGCAAUGUCAGGCAGAUAGAAACUGCUUCUCCACAGCCGCUGAAAUGAGCGACAAAGCCGAGAUAAGAGGGCCCGUAACCCGUCGGAGGAGGACGACCAUCUCCGGAGGCGGCGGAGGAACGGUUGGCGUCAAACAAGCCAACGGCAGUAAGCGCGAAGAUGCCGGGGAGAAACCACCGCCGUAUCCCGCUAAAGCUAAAACAGACGAGGUGUCAAGGCAUGGGAGUAAUAACGGGAAGGUGGGCAGGGAGAAGGGGGUCAGUGACAGUCCGAGGAAACAGAGAAGUGUGGUGGAAGACAUCAACGAGAGACUCAGCUGUCACGUCCUCCAAGAGUCUCUCCUGAGCUCAGCCAGCGGCUACAGUAACUACAGAGGAAUCCUCAACUGGUGUGUUGUCAUGCUGGUGCUGAGUAAUGCACGCCUCUUCCUUGAGAACAUAAUCAAGUAUGGUAUCCUGGUGGACCCUAUCCAAGUAGUGUCUCUCUUCCUGAAGGACCCUUACAGCUGGCCAGCAGCAUGCCUUAUCAUUGUGUCAAAUGUGUUCGUCCUGGCAGCGUUGUACACAGAGAGGCGGCUGGCUGUGGGCACCAUUUCUGAAACAACAGGGCUGAUUCUUCACAUUUUUAACCUGACAUCCCUGUUGAUCUUUCCUUCAGCCUCUGUACUAACUGUGGAUUCUAUAACCCCAGUGGGCGGUGUGCUUUCCCUAGGAGUCUACACCGUGUUGUUUCUCAAGCUUUACUCCUACCAGGACACCAACAGGUGGUGUCGAGAAAUUAGGCACGCAAAAGCCAAGAAAUUAACACGGUCAUACUCAUGUCCAAAUGUGGCCCAAUCCAACGGUUCAGCUGUUCAUUCUCAUGUCUCCUAUCCAGGCAAUCUCACACACAGAGACGUAUAUUACUUUGUUUUCGCCCCAACACUGUGCUACCAGCUGAACUUCCCGCGCUCACCUCGGAUACGCAAAAGUUUUUUGAUAAGAAGACUUUUUGAAAUGCUUUUCUUCAUGCAGCUAUUGGUUGGAUUGAUACAGCAGUGGAUGGUACCAACUAUACAGAACUCAAUGAAACCCUUCCGGGAAAUGGACUUUUCUAGGAUGGUGGAGCGCCUUCUAAAGCUAGCUGUCCCUAACCAUCUGAUAUGGUUAAUAUUCUUCUACUGGUUUUUCCACUCUUCUAUGAACUUUGUGGCAGAGCUGCUGCAGUUUGGAGACCGGGAGUUCUACAGAGACUGGUGGAACUCUGAGACUGUCACAUAUUUCUGGGCCAAUUGGAACAUCCCAGUUCACAAAUGGUGUCUGAGGCACUUCUAUAAGCCAAUGCUGAGGAAAGGAAUCAACAAGUUUCUGGCACAAACCGCAGUCUUCCUGGUGUCUGCCUUCUUCCAUGAGUACCUGGUGAGCGUUCCCCUGAAGAUGUUUAGACUGUGGGCCUUUAUGGGAAUGAUGGCUCAGGUUCCUCUGGCUUGGUUUGUGGGUCGGUUCCUCAAUGGAAACUACGGCAAUGCUGCAGUGUGGAUAUCACUCAUCAUCGGCCAGCCUGUUGCUGUACUGAUGUACGUCCAUGACUACUAUGUCAUUCAUUACGGAGGAGCUACAUAGUACUGGACAAACAGCCAUGCUUCAACAGACACACAUAAACAUGUACAAGUCAUGUUGUACACCACAUAAACACACACCAGCCUGCAGAAGGACUCAAAGAGGGAAUGCAGAGCCAGCUAAGGGGAUUAUAGUAGAAAGUUCUGCUUAUAUGAACCUGAAUGUUAACGGCAGGGAAAGAGUUUUUGACUUCUUGUUUUUGCACUUAAGAGAAUUAUACAAGUCUGUCAGGAAAUAAUUCUAACAAUGCAAGAAGAUCUUGUUUGAAGCACUUUUAAACACUACAGCUUUGUAGGAAGCCUUAACUUCUCACAGGCCCUGAAUAUCUGUAAGUGUUUGAACAUCACAACUUAAAUCAAAUGAUUUUGGUCCAAAAGUAAUACUGGAAUCGAUCCCUCACUGUUGGAUUUUCUGCUGAUUUUACUCAAACAAAACAAACAGUGUGGUGCUAAGAUUUUCUAGAUCAGCUAGAACUUUAUAAGCUCAAACAAAAAUUAAAUGCAGUACUUAACUCUUCUGAAUGAAUUUAGAAGCACUUCAGUGCAUUAAAAUGCUGAGAUUGUGCUUUAAACUGAGCGCUGCUUGAGGUCUGGGCAAUGCACAACUUUCCUAUUGUGAAACACUGCCGAGCAAGUGCAAGCCAGAACAGGACCAAUGUGAAAGCUUUGUUUCUACAUCCGUCUUUGAGAAGUAACUUGUGUACUUGUAUCCAGUGGCAACAGAGGAACGAGAAGCCAAAUCAAGAGUUUGUUUUGACAUAAUGAGGCUUCUAAAGCUAUCUUCAGACUAUAGAGACAGAUUUUGGUAUAUGUUGUACAUAUUUCAUGUAUCCCUGUCUUUUGAGUAAGGGUUGCUGAGUGUUGUAGAACUGUCUAAAAUAAUGAUCUGCCAAAGAAAAAUCAUCAAAGAAAGGAAAAUAAACAAAGAUAUGAAAGAAGGAAGCUUUAAAUUGAAGGAGAAAAGGGUAAAAUAACAUUUUUGUGACCUUAAUCUACAUCAAUGCAAGCUUAGUGUCGAAGUACAUGCUACAUGUGUGUUUGCCUUGGCUCUGCUGUCGUCUUUGUGAUUUUUGUUUACUUAAAAUAGUUUAUUUUCACUCUGUUAAUUCUGUAUUUGCUGUUAUUUUGUGCCAACUUGAAAUUAUUUUAUUUUAUGUAAUAUGUUUGAUUUUUUAUGCAGUAGUUGAUUUACUGAUGUGAACCAAUGAAUGUUUUUGCACUUUAAAAAGAUGCAUGCUGUUGACUAAAGCAAUAGAUUUCUAUGAAUGUAUUUCAGUUGAAAUAAUUAUGAGGGGAAAUUGUUUUAUUAUAUUUUUUUAAUUUUUAUGCAGUUUGCUUGUUGACAUUUUGUUGUUGAAUAAGUUUGUCUUAUUCAAUUUGUGUCAUUGUAAAUCAGACCCUGCAGUGGUAAAAGUACAACAUUCAAGCUUGAUUUUCUUUUGUUAAAAAUCCUAGUCUCUAAUUCAUCAUCUUAUCUGAUCUGUUGUUUCAAUGACUGUCUGUACCUUAUAAAAGUUUAUACACAAAGUUUUUUUUAAAACUUUACCUUUUAUUGUUUAACAUCCUUUCCAGACACAGUAAAACUCUGUUCACAUAGGCACAAACCUCCUGAAAAUUUACUGAUUUUUUUGGAUGAUCCAUGUGUGAACACAAACAGCUGAUUCUUUUCUUUAUUCACCACAAUGGCCCUCUUUGCUCUUUUUGGUGAUGUGACUGUGUUGACCUUCAAAUAGCAAUGAUAUAAAAACAUAAAAAAUAUCACCGUAGCGUACAGCAGGCUCUGCUGCUUGUCUGCCACUUCUGCAUCAUUCUCUUUGUCAUUUUUACAUAUUCUGCUUCCUCCACCACCUCCCAUCCCGCAGGGAGUCUUGUGCUGUGGUACAUGUGAACAUCCAACAGAAGGGUUGCAAGGGUCCUAAAAUGUCCUUAAUUUUUUAUUUCUGUGUCAGCUGCAUAUGUGAAUGCAUACAACAGAAUUUUUCCACCCAGGGUUUUCCUGAGAGCUCCCUGGUAUAUUGUUCAUCCACCACCACUCUCUCUUCUGAUGGAGAAAAUGUGUGAAAACAGCCAAAGAUACUGAAACAUAAAAAACCUCAAUCAAUUUUAAUUUCGAUUGAGAAGGAUUAUCUUGUUCAAUACAUUUAAACCUCAAUUAAUUCAAAUGCAGUUAUAAUGCAAAGACAAAAACAGAACUAAAUCUGUUGUUUGGCACUUUGUUUUUCUAUGGUAUCACUGCAGUACUCCUGGAGUAGGAUUAAAAAUGAACUUUGUAUUUUGCACCUGAGUUUCUGGGAGGUCAAACAGGGUUUUUAAGCUCUCAACA